UGGUUAAGACACUUGCUAAAUUUAGCCCGGCCCUGUCUUCCCUCCCUAUCACACACUCAUCGCCCAAGCAAACCACGCGCAGAGAGAUCUGAGGAGCCAAAAAAAAAAAAAAAUCGUUAGCGGUGCUCUUUCAUUUCUAUGAGUCCUGCGCAAAACUACGAGUUUCAAGAAUGGUGGAACAAACAACGCCAGUUUCUAGACCAAUCCGACAACGGUUUGCUCACCGUCGAGAUCCGCAGCCCCACCACACCUGAUACCACUGUUGACAAAGGCCAUACUCGUAGCGCCCGCCAGCUCUCCUGGCUCUGGCUUCUCAAAUUCCAGCAACUCGCUAGCUCCCUCGCUUGGUUCACCAACACCUUGUUUUAUUUCCUCCGUACUGCAAAUCGCAGGAUAGCUAGCUCCGAUUCACUCUCUGAUUCCUCCUCCUCGCGCCUGUAUAAAGUCAUUAGAGUGUUCUUGAUUCUGGUCGUUCUGUUACUCUGCUUUGAGUUAGUUGCGUAUUUUAAAGGAUGGCAUUUCAGCCCGCCGUCGGUGGAGUCCGCCGAGGCUAUGGUGGAGAGGGUGUACGCUACGUGGUUGGAAAUCAGAGCGAAUUACUUAGCGCCGCCGCUGCAGAGCUUGACCAAUGUGUGCGUCGUUUUGUUCUUGAUACAGUCGGUGGAUCGUGCGUUUUUGUUGUUGGGGUGUUUUUGGAUCAAGGUUAGGAAAUUGAAGCCGGUAGCGGCAGUGGAGUACGGAAACGUGGAUGGAGAGAGUGUGGAGGAGUAUCCCAUGGUGUUGGUGCAGAUUCCUAUGUGCAAUGAGAGGGAGGUUUACCAACAAUCUAUUGCCGCAGUUUGCAUCCAGGACUGGCCUAAGGGGAGGAUGCUUAUACAGGUAUUGGAUGAUUCUGAUGAGUUAGACGUCCAACUCCUUAUCAAGGCAGAAGUGCACAAAUGGCAACAAAGGGGCGUGCACAUAUUGUAUAGGCACCGUCUUAUACGCACAGGCUACAAGGCAGGCAACCUCAAAUCUGCAAUGAACUGUGAUUACAUAAAAGAUUAUGAAUUUGUGGCAAUAUUUGAUGCAGAUUUUCAGCCAGGAUCUGAUUUCUUGAAGAAAACUGUUCCUUACUUCAAGGGGAAUGAUGACCUAGCAUUGGUCCAAACAAGGUGGGCCUUUGUAAACAAGGAUGAGAACUUGCUUACCAGACUGCAGAACAUAAACUUAUCAUUUCACUUUGAGGUUGAGCAGCAAGUCAAUGGUGUCUUCAUAAACUUCUUUGGUUUUAAUGGAACUGCGGGUGUGUGGAGGACUAAAGCCCUUGAGGACUGUGGUGGUUGGAUGGAACGGACAACUGUUGAAGACAUGGAUAUUGCUGUUCGUGCUCACCUUUGUGGAUGGAAGUUUAUAUAUCUGAAUGAUGUUAAGUGCCUUUGUGAACUUCCAGAGUCCUAUGAGGCAUACAAGAAACAGCAGCAUCGCUGGCAUUCAGGCCCAAUGCAGUUGUUCCGCUUGUGCUUCCUUGACAUACUUCGCUCAAAGGUGAGCUUGGGCAAGAAAGCAAAUCUGAUAUUUCUUUUCUUCCUGCUACGGAAGCUUAUCCUACCUUUUUAUUCUUUCACUCUCUUCUGCAUCAUCCUACCGCUUAGCAUGUUCCUACCAGAAGCUCAGUUACCAGCCUGGGUUGUUUGUUAUGUCCCUGGGAUCAUGUCUAUCUUGAAUAUACUUCCAGCACCUCGAUCUUUCCCAUUUAUAGUUCCCUACCUUUUAUUUGAAAACACCAUGUCUGUCACCAAAUUCAAUGCCAUGAUAUCAGGAUUAUUUCGAUUUGGAAGUUCUUACGAAUGGAUAGUUACAAAGAAGUUAGGGAGAUCUUCAGAGGCAGAUUUAGUUGCUUUUGUUGAAAAGGAAUCAGAUCCACUAGUCCAAACUGGUAGCAUCCUCAGGUCUUCCUCAGAUUCAGGUUUGAAUGAGCUGAACAAGCUAGAGCACAAGAAAUCAGUGAAAAAGAGAAAGAAUCGAUUAUACAGGAAGGAACUUGCUCUGGCAUUCAUACUGUUAACUGCAGCAGUGAGAAGCUUGUUGUCUGCUCAAGGAAUUCACUUCUACUUCCUACUGUUUCAAGGGAUCAGUUUCCUAGUCGUUGGUCUUGAUUUGAUUGGAGAACAGGUUAGUUAAUACAAGGUUCCAACAUUCUAAUAUUAUUGUCGAAAGCUCUGUGGAGGGAUUUGGAGUAUAUGCAUUCACCAUAGUGACAAUGACUCCUUUAUAUACAUACCAAAAUUUGUAAAGUAGAGCCCUCGUCCUUGGAACUUGUUCAUUGGUUAUCAGCUCUGAAUUGAAGCAAAAUUUGAUUCGUUUGUGCUGUUUAUUCACGAACUGGGUGAAGGAGAAAGACCAUUGAAUCAAUAUGGUCAGUCAAUGUUGGUUAGUUCAAGUUGUGUCCGAAUGUUUGGUGGAUGUGAGAGAAAUGUCCGAAAUUGGUGCCGAGCAUUGAUUGAUUGAUUGAUUUCCACAUGGAAUUUAAAGGGUUAAAGGCACUAUUAUAUCAUUGAAUAUGUUAAUUUGUCAUUCUUUAAACUUUGGUGUUCCACAGAUAGUUUAGGGGCAUUGUAAAGCCCUAAAGUUAUAGAACGUUCCUAUAUUUGUCAACCUACAUUGAUGUUCGUGCAUUUGUUUAGAUUUGGUCUGAUGGGAAGGAAAGAAAAUGUUACCAAAUGGUAAAAGGUAUUGUUCAAGCGGAAGAAAGAAAAUUGAAUGUAGUCUUUUGCAAAGGAGCAGUAAUUGAUUGA